GUGGUUAUUUUUACGUGUUGUGAAACGGUUAUUUGUGACGCAGUCGCUGGAGUCGUCUGCUUAUUAAUCUGUCUUAUCUGUCAGAGGACUGCUGCCGUUUGCACCCUACACAGAUUUGAGGGAGAUUUGCUUAGCGGUUGCCGAGCAGUGAAACCUGCUGCAGUUGUCUUAGUCUUCAGUACUUUUGAGGAACGAGUUCGAAAACCAAGAAUUCCAGACACAUUGAAUAACGCAUCCUCACCCUACGGAGGUGCGACAGGAAGAAGUGCAUCUCAGCACAACUUGUUCCACCAGACCUUGGUUUUUUUUUCAGUUUCUCCGUGUUCUCAUUCAUCAUGUAUUUCUGCUACCCCCCGUGGGUCGUAAGCGUGAGCUGAUAUUGGUAUUUUCAGUUUUGAACUUUGCGAGAGCGGACAAGAAAUGCGCAACUUCCGGAGCCGACAAGAUUUGUGGAAACAGCAGCUUGUGUGCAGGCUGCACAUGAACAAGAGACAAUUUUCGAUAUCAAGGCUGCCUAAGUAUUACUUCGUGAACAUAGAAAAGACCAUGGCAAGCCAAGUGAUACUCAGAACUACCAGGGAGUUGAUUCUCCCAUUAAGAAAUAUAUCUAACAAUAAACACUCCAUUUUAGCCAUGAGUAACUAGGAUUUUCCAUAUUGGCUUGCUUGUUUAGUGUUGCAUGAUUUUUUUGCGUGAAUCAGCUAGAUGAACUUCUGUUGAUGCCAUUGGAUAAAAAUGAACCAGAAAAACGCGGGGAAACUUGUGGAGGAAGGACAGAGUGGAAUGGUGACGGAUGUGGAUGUGCUGAUCCUUGGGGCAGGUGCGGCGGGGCUGUGUGCGGCCAGCACUUUCUUGAAGCGGGGUUUUGACCGGUUUUUGGUGCUGGAGGGCGCGGGUCAUGUCGGAGGGCGCGUCCAUGAUGUGGAAUUUGGCGGGGUCCGCGUGGAGAAAGGGGCCAACUGGCUGCAGCCUAUCGAGGGCCCCAUGGCCAAGAUUGCAGAGAAGGUGGGGCUGGAGUGCCAGCAAGGGGACUACAGCCAGCGAGGAGUGGUGGUCCGGAGCGAAGACGGGGAGGUCAUUCCCCAGUGGGAGAUGGAGGAGCAGGCCAGCGAGCUCUGUGACAUCCUGGUCGAGGCUGGCGAGUUUGCAGCCAGUACCCCACAGAGCAAUCUGACCAUGCGGGAUUUUAUGGCAGAGAGGGAUUGGUUCAGUUCGUCGGAUGCCCUCCGAAAGACUAUUGAGUGGUACAUCUUUGAAUUUGAGUACACGGUCCCACCAGAGGAAGCCUCGGUUGAUGUCGGGCAUUGGGAUCGUUUGGGUAAUUCGGGAUUCGUUACUGACCAGCGAGGCUUCAAAACCAUUUUCUCUGACGUGGUUGCCAAUCUGGUUCAAAAGAAUCUUCUCCUGUUGAAUAGUAGGGUUGUCUCAAUCGACCAGUCGCAGAUUGAAAAGGUUUGCGUAGUGUGCGCAGACGGCUCUGUCUUCCGGGCAGAUGCCGUGCUGCUCACUUUCAGUCUGGGCGUGCUGCAGAAUGGCCUGGUAGCGUUCACCCCGCCGCUGCCCCCUUGGAAAACUGCCGCCCUCAACCACACCCCCAUGGGGGCCUUCACCAAGAUCUUCCUCAAGUUUCCCCGCAAGUUCUGGGAUGAUCAGGAGAUGAUUUUGCACGUGAGCCAACGCAAGGGCUACUAUCCGUUCUUCAUCAACAUGGAGGCCAAGGGCCUGCUUCCGUCGGGCAACAACAUCCUGGUAGGCUUCUUGGUGGGUGCCGAGGCCCAGCGUGUGGAGAGUCAACCGUUGGACACCACCAGGGAGGAAGUAGUCGCUGUCCUGAGGGGCAUGUACGGGGCGCAGGUGGUGCCUGACCCGACCGAGAUCCAGCUGUCGGGCUGGCUCAACGACCCCCUCCAGAUGGGGGCCUACUCUGCCCCCGUCCGCGACGGCAUCCCCAGCAAAACCCUGCAGCGGCUGCAGACCCGAGUUGGUCGAGUUUACUUCGCUGGCGAGGCCACAGACGAGAAGUACUCCGGUUUUGUGGUUGGUGGUAUGAGGAGUGGAAAGCGAGAGGCCAAAAAGAUAAUGCGGCAGGUCUUGAAGUGGGAAGUAAAACAGAAUAAUUUUCCCACCUAUUGAUCGACGAUGACUGCGUGAUAUAAAGAAAGUGCGAGAUAUUACACAGCAGUUGGAAAAUCGGCACGAUUAAAAAUACAACAAAAUACACAAAUUUCUUUUCAGAAACUUGAUGCCUCGGCCUCUCCUGUCUGUUCCUCAUUCCACAGGUCGCCAGUCUUUCCAUCUCUUCUUGAGUCCUUGUGUUAGACUUUGUGCAAAGAUCUUGGUUGUACAUCAGCUAGUGCACGAUUGUAAUUAGCUGUCUGUCAAAUUAUUGCUCUGCUUUGUAACUUGUGUUUAAUAUACCCCCUCCCCCCAAAAAAAGAUUGCACCAGAAUUUAAAUGAAGAAAAAAAAGAAAAUGAAAAAAAAAGAAUUAAAAGAAAAAAAUAAAUAAAAAAACAAAAAAAAUUAAAAAAAUUAAAAAAGAUGUAUCUUUAGUAAUAAAACAUACUAAUUAAAUGUGCAUGUACAGGAUGAAAUAUGUUACUGAAAAUUUCUAGUAGUUUUAAACACAUUUAUGAAUAUGAUAAUCAAGAGUUGAGAUUAGAACCAGAUUGAAUAUUGUAAUGAUUAACAGUACCAGGGAGAUUUGACUGGAUGAUGCCCUUUAACUGUUCAAGGAACAAAUGACAUGCAAAUCAGAAAUCUGUCAUACAUCCAUGUGUAAUACCCCGUUUCAUGUAUAAUUGUACAUGUUACAUUCCCACGCCUAUACAGUUACAUGUACAUGUAUGUGUGCUCCAAGACAGAGGACAUGUGUCAUGCUAUAAAUUCGGGGUCAAAAAGUGUUUGGACAUUUUUGCGUCCCCAUUACACUUGGCCUGUGUCAUUUGAUGUGGAAAUAUCACUGAAAUUGAUUUCAAACUAUUUCUAUUUGUUUGGCAGGUACGUGUAAUUUGCAUUAAUGCAUUACUCUUGGAUUUGGAACAUUUUAUACAUUCUGAACUUACAAAAUCAUACAUCAGGAGUGAUAGGGACACACACAAAAUGGGACCCCUAAUUUAUAGAAUGGCCCACUUAAGUUAUUUGCGGGGGAUGCCUUUGCUGAAUAAAUUCUAUUUUCAAAAGAUACGUGUAGCUUGCCAAGACAUGGAAAGAGCAACGGAUAUCAAAUCUGAUAUUUCAUGAAUACCCUAUUCCACUGAGUCAAGACGCAAAUUCUGAUUAGUGAUCUUUUUAAUGAAUGGGCACACUGUAAUAUACACGUAGCUCACCUGUAUGUUUAAAAAGUCUGUACUAAAUAUCAAUAGAAGGUGAGAAAUUUUGAAUGUACUGUUGACUGUUGCUCAUUGAAGAGCAUAGAAUGUAAAAUAUGUUUAAGUUAAUGGACAUGAUGUAAAUUAGCCAUCUUGAAUAUGAAUUGCAGAGUAGCAUGUGGAAUAUCACUAUGUGGAAUAUCCAGUGGUUGUUGUUCGUAAACCAGUUUGCCAGCUUCCUUCAAGCUCAUUUGUGAAGGUCCUUCUGAACUGACUUUCUGACACACGUAGGUGAAAAAUUACACCCAAGAAUUAAAAAAGAUUGAAUACAUUUUUAUAAAUAGGAAAUUAGGUUUACACUUUGAAUAAUUUGUGUUAGAAGUUGAGGGAAACUGCAAAUCACACAGAAUUCUGCAUGCAUGCAGAAUAUGAAGUGCGCAAUAUAACUGUGCAGAAUAUCCUUUGCAGAAUAUCACUAUGCGGAAUGUCACAUACUCUGUGUUGCCUUGAAUUAGUGUCUUAAUUUUAGAUCACUUUACUGCUUGUCAAUUACCUUGAAAAUUGUUCCCUUUAAAUUGAUUAAAGCUAAUCUCUAAUUAGGUGCAGUUUUCAAAAUGGGCUCAGCAGUUCAUUAAUGAGGGAGUUUAGGGUUCCGGUACAAUUUGAUUUGAUUCAGUUCAUUGGUGGUUGCAUGUUAAAACAGCAACAGUUAAAAACUAAACAUUUAAAACAAGCCCAAAUAACAGGAAAAAACAGACAAGAAAACAAAAUUGAUUAAAAAUAAAGAACCAACAUAAAAUUAUAAAAGGAGAAACAAACAUGUACAGCUGUAUAAAUUGGAGGAAAUUUAGUGGUGUUUGUAAUUUAGAGGAAACCUGCAGUUACAUGUAUUUGAUAGUUGUUAAACACAUCAUUCCAAGUCUACAGAGCAAAAUGACUGUUGUAUAGGAUGUAUUCUAAUUUUUGAUAAUUAGUUAUAAGUAAUUGAAUAGAAAAAUGAUCAGGUUUGGUAUGGUUAUUUUGUGCACAAAACUUUAAAUAGCUCCCAAAUGAGCUUUCCUUUCCUUAGUGUUUUACACUGAUAAAAUGUUCAAGUUCACCCUUUGUAUGCUUUGCAAGCCAAUGUAGCUGCUUGUAAAUCUUGGUAUAUUUUUGAUUAGCUUUUAGUCCAUGUGUGGCAGAGUGUUUUCCAUUGAUUGUAGUUUUUACAGUUUAUAUUUUUUUCCUUCAUACAGUUAUACAUGUACAUCUACUUUCAUUUUUGAAACGCCUUGAUUUUGUUUCUCGUCAGUUGUUUUGAUUUGGGCAAAUUUGCAAAUUAGGAUUAAUAAAGGAUUAUUGGUGAAGCCUAUUUA